AAGCGUGCACAGGCUGGUUUCGUGCAUCCGUACCCGAAGCAGCAGUGUCACGUCUCAGACAGCUUCCCACGGCCAUCCCGGCUGGCGCAGCCGCGCGUAUUACGCGGCAUCUGGGCACGGCGGAGCAUCGGCUCCUCUCUGGGGAGGGGAAGGGGCUCAGUUAUUAAUGACCGCUGACAGGCAGCACCAUGUCAGCGUGACAAUCGAGCGGCUGAACGAUGCACCACUAACCACCACGGAAACAAGGAGAAAUAAGAGCAGCUAGCGAGCAUCUCUCUGCCCCCCGCCCCCCCCACCCCGCCACUUUCUCUCUCCACUGGAUUGCGAGCCUCAGAGAGCCAGGCAGCAACAGCGCUCUGGCAAAGGCAAGGCAUCUCAGCUGGCAGCACAGAGUGUCUCUCAUGUUGUAGGAUAUCAAUAGAUACAUCUUUGUAUUAUAUAGACCGCUAGACACCGAUUCACACCCAUACAUACGUGUAUGCACAUCUAUUCAGACUCUGGCAUUAAUACAAGCAUGUGGCUACCUGAACUAAGGAUUCAAAAUUACUGAGAUGCAAGAACUCCUUCAGCUCUGAAACUAUUCCUAUUAUAGGGUCAUCCUGUCAUUCCUGCAAACACUAAUCAAUCAUGGGAUUUGAAGUUAAUACUACUAAAUAAAUGAAUUGCUUAAUCUCCUAUGACCACCUAUACAUGCUUCAUCUUCACAAAGCUCAUCAAUUUUAUGUCAUCAAGGACAGAGUGACCUUCAUUUCCACAAAAUGCCUCUUACUACUGGACAAAUUGGUUACAAAUUUAUCACUUAACCUCAGGAAGAAAGACCUUCACGAUCAUCAUUUGAUAAAUGCAAGUGUGUAUUUUAUUAAUUGACCAAGUCAUAGUGAAUUCCAAGACCAUAACUGUGGAAUACUGAAGGGUCUGUUACUUUUCUUGAAUAUUUGAGCUAAGAUGAAAGACAUCAAAAUUAAUUUACUUCUUGGUCUAGUUACCACUGCACUACUACAAACUGUAGGAAAAAAAGCAGACUGCCCAGAGUCCUGUGUAUGUGAGAUCAGACCAUGGUUCACCCCCAGGUCUGUGUACAUGGAGGCUCCAACAGUGGACUGUAAUGAUUUAGGCCUUUUUAAUUUUCCAGCCAGACUGCCUGCCGACACACAAGUUCUACUUCUACAAACUAAUAAUAUUGCAAAAAUUGAACAUUCAGUAGACUUUCCAGUGAAUUUAACUGGUUUAGAUUUAUCUCAGAACAAUUUAUCCUCAGUGACCAGUAUUAAUCUUAGAAAGAUACCACAGUUACUGUCAGUGUACCUUGAAGAAAACAAACUUACUGAACUCCCUGAAGAAUGUCUCUCUGGACUCAGCAAUUUACAAGAGCUUUAUAUUAAUCAUAAUCUGCUUUCUGUGAUUGCACCCGGAGCUUUCAUAGGCCUCAAUAAUCUUCUCAGACUUCAUCUCAAUUCAAAUGGUCUGCAAGUGAUCAACAGAAAGUGGUUUGAAGCUACUCCUAAUCUUGAAAUUCUCAUGAUUGGAGAAAACCCAAUUAUCAGAAUUGAAGACAUGAAUUUCAAACCUCUUAGCAAUCUGCGCAGCCUAGUUUUAGCAGGUAUAAAUCUCACUGAAAUACCAGAUAAUGCUUUGGCUGGCCUUGACAACUUAGAAAGCAUUUCCUUUUAUGACAACAGAUUUGUUAGAGUGCCCCACAUUGCUCUUCAAAAGGCUACAAAUCUUAAAUUUCUGGAUCUAAAUAAGAAUCCCAUUAACAGAAUACGACGAGGAGAUUUUAGUAAUAUGCUACACCUAAAAGAGUUAGGAAUUAAUAAUAUGCCUGAACUGAUUUCUAUAGAUAGCCUUGCUGUUGACAAUUUGCCAGAUUUAAGAAAAAUAGAAGCUACCAAUAACCCCAGAUUAUCAUACAUUCACCCCAAUGCAUUCUACAGACUUCCCAAGCUGGAAUCGCUCAUGCUCAACAGCAAUGCGCUGAGUGCCCUGUACCGCAGUACAAUAGAAUCCUUGCCUAACCUCAAAGAAGUCAGCAUACACAGCAAUCCCAUUAGAUGUGACUGUGUCAUCCGCUGGAUUAACAUGAAUAAAACAAACAUUCGCUUCAUGGAGCCAGAGUCUCUGUAUUGUGUAGAUCCUCCAGAAUUCCAGGGUCAGAAUGUGAGACAGAUACACUUCCGGGAAAUGAUGGAAAUCUGUCUCCCUCUGAUAGCUCCUGAAAGUUUUCCUUCUACUCUGGAUUUAAAAGCUGGCAGCCAUAUUUCCUUACACUGCAGAGCAACAGCAGAACCAGAACCUGAAAUCUACUGGAUAACACCCUCAGGACACAAACUUUUGCCCAAUACUAUUUCUGAUAAAUACUAUGUUCAUUCCGAAGGAACUUUAGAAAUAAGUGAUGUAACACAAAGAGAAAGUGGCUUAUACACAUGUAUAGCAACAAAUUUAGUUGGGGCAGACCUAAAGUCCGUCAUGAUUAAAGUGGACGGCUCUUUCCCUCAGGACAGCAAUGGAUCAUUAAAUAUUAAAAUAAAAGACAUAAAAUCUAAUUCUGUUUUGGUUUCAUGGAAAGCAAGUUCUAAAAUUCUGAAGUCCAGUGUUAGAUGGACAGCCUUUCUGAAAGCUGAAGACUCCCAGGCUGCACAGAGUGCUCGAAUACCAUCUGAUAUGAAGGUAUAUAAUCUUACACAUCUAAACCCCUCAACUGAAUACAAAAUUUGUAUAGAUAUUCCCACUAUCUAUUCACAGAGUAAGAAACAAUGUGUCAACGUAACCACAAAAGGACUGGACUUGGAAGUGAAAGGCUAUGAAAAGAACAACAUAAUAGGAUUCCUUGCCUGCCUUGGUGCCCUUUUGGGAAUCAUCUCUGUGAUAUAUCUCUACAGCUGCAUCUCACAAGAUAUGAACUAUGGCAUUGGACACAGCUAUCUAAGGAAUUAUGUGAAGAAACAAUCCUUUCAACUCAAUGAGCUUUAUCCUCCUCUAAUCACUCUUUGGGAUAUGGGCAAAGAAAAAAGCACAGCAAUGGAAGUAAAAGCAACUGUAAUAGGUGUACCAAACAAUAUGUCAUAAAUAUGUCAGUAUAUCACUCAAUUUCUGAAACAAAAAACCCUGACUGCAUUUCUGUUGAACAAAAAGGCAACAAUAAAAAGUAUUUCUCUUAGGAACUAGAUGCCUGGACUUUGUUGCUGCCAACAAUUGGGAAUAUAUACUGACUAUAAGAGAAGAAUUUUAACUAACUGGCUUCUAAGGGUAUUCUACCAACCAAAUACAAUUAUCUUCAUAUUCUAGAACUUUCAUGGGACUUUUAAGUCUGGAAUACAGUGGAAGUAGCCAAGAACAUUUUCUGGGUUUUUUUUUUAAAUUAUUAUAUAAAAGUAGUGGAACUGAGCAAUACCUCCUCCUGUGCUGUAUUACACACACUAGCCACGAGUUUUUGCAGUGAACAGAUAUACUAGGAUUGACAUAUGGUGUAAUGAAAUGGACAAAUUCUGUAGAGUAGACACAGUGAGUAUGUGAAUUUUUUUAAUGAGAAAAUACAUUUUUGAUUAAAAUCAAAAUAGUUGUUGUCUUGUUUGUUUCUUAAAAAAAACCCCACAAUCCCACCAUUCUGGGAGCUCUUCUCUGACAAUAAACAGUCAUCCCAAUGCCUGAUAAAAUAUGUCCUUACAUAUUCUCCUGCUAAAUGCUAAGCUGAGCACAUAGGAUAUUUUCACUGCUUUUAGGCUGUAUGACAUGUUUCAAACAGAAAGGUAAAUUUAGUGGUAGUUUUAUUUUAAGAACAUUUUAAAGGCAAAAUGGAUAUUGGAGAUGAGGCCACCUAUAUACAUUUUUAUGUGUCUGUGUGAAAUAAUUCUGUUUUCUUAGCAAUAUGUGAGCCUGUGUGCAGAUCUUCAUUUAAUUAUAUCUGUAUUACAUUAUUUUAUUCCUAUACAAAAGUAGUCUCUUGUAGAACACAUAGCAGUGCUUUCCAUAGCAGUAUUGUAAACCACUUACAUAACAUCUUUAAUAUCUACAAAGAAACAUCUCCAUGACAUUAGUCUAACAAAUGUCUAAAAAGAUUCAUUAUUUCCCCAUGACCAAAGACAUUCUCUAUGUCAAAAUACCAAAGGAAGCUACAGGGAGCAGUAAGAUUCCUGGGUAGCAGUGUAUAAAAAUGGAUAGCUGUUCCUUCUACAGAUAUCCUACAUAAACCUGAGGUCCUUGGAAAGUAAUAAAUCCAUCUUCUAGCUGUAAUUGCUUAGUACAUAUUUAACUUGCAUUAUUUCACAAACAUAUGCCAAAAAAAUCUAACAAAAAUUUUUUCAGCAAAGUAGAACUGGUUAAAAAAAUGUAUAAAUAACUUCUUAGUAGUGGUAUAGUACACUUCUUCAUAAUCUCUUCAUUUACCAGAAGGUUGUGUUUUUUUCUACAUAACGCACAGGACUAAAAUUUUCAUGUAUUUCAUUAAUUGGCAUGUUUACUGUCUUUAUUGGAGGUAGGAAUUGACAACAAGCUAUAUUUAAUUUUCUCAGAAACAGAAAAGCAUUGUUACACACCUGUGUUUCCAUUUAUUUAAUAGACGUCUCUCAAGAAUCCAAUACAUUAAAAGCCAUACUUGCUGGUUAUUCAAAUCAGAAAAUAGUAGCUCAGAAAAAGAUUAACUUUUCCUUGGUAUUUGACAGCAAACCUUAUUCUGAAAUGUACUACUAAUGAGAGAAGACAAACAUAAAUAUUUAAAUAUACCUGGUUAGGAAAUACCCAAAAUACAAUACUGAAAAGACAUUUUAAUUAGUUUAUCUUUUUUUCUGUCAACUACUAGACUGAAAGGUACUGUUCUAUUCAUAAAAAGAUUAAGUAUUUACUUUUUGGUAAAAUAUUUACAAAAAUAAAUUCCAAUAUUUCAUGAGCUAACACAGCCAAAUGCUCACUUGCAUAUGUACAUUUCAGUUGCUAGUUUAGUUACAGUGCUGUGAAAUCAUAGCUCCAAACACUACCUAAAAAGAUUAAAUAAAAGAUUGGUGAAAAAAAUGUUAAUUUAUAUCCUAAAAGGAAAUUUACAUUUCCAAAAUUCACUAAAAAACCUCAUUCUGCUUGUGUAACCUGAAACAGUGACCUCAAGAUAACUUAAAAGAGAAAUGGAGGUUCUUCCCACAAUCUCGUGCUGGCCAGGAAUAGAAAAGACACAAUGAUCAACAGUAAUCGUUAGGAUAUUAUUUGUUAUCUGAAGAUAGAAGAGACAUUUCUGAAAAGGGUUCCCAUAUAGUAUAGAAAAUAAGUGCAGACACUAGGCAGUCCUAGAAGAGCUGAGAGAAAAAAACCGAAAAGCAUCACUCUGUCAGACUUAAGAAAGAAAAGCAUUCAUAUUAUUGAACUGAAUGGAGUGGAUGUGUGACACUGACAAGAUAAGACAUUUUACAUAGCAGAAAGUGUAUAGUAAGUAUGAAAAGUUCAUUAUUAAAACUUCAGAAGAUAUUUUGAAAGACAUAGUUAAAUGGGACAGCGAAGAUAGCCACUGAACACAAACCAUAGAGGCAAAACAGAGACUGAAAAUUCACCUUAUGCUAAAGAUGAGAAAACGCUUGCAAACAGAUUAACAAUUGCACACAGUUUUUCUAGAAGUAAGAAAUAGGAUGACUAGAAAGAUAUCCAGAGUAAAAAAAAAUUACUGGUGUUAGCUACUGAAGAUCAUGAGACUUCAUCACAACAUAGCUUACAGAGAAACAUCUUGAAUCAAAUUGUUGGGGAAAUGAUAGAUACAUGUGAUCAUUUAAGAGCAUCUUUGAGUUCCAUGAGCAGCAGUAAAAACAUGUUGGAAUAAACCAUUAGGUAGGAAAAGAAACAACCCACAUCUUUCUCAAAUAUUGUUUGACCUUCCAAAUCAACUUUUUUGGUACGUCAGCCUAAUAAUGUACCAAAUGUGUCACUUGAACAGCUUUCAGCUUAAUACAACUAGAAUUAAUUGAAACCAAUUUUCUCAGGAAAAGGCUACACAGAUACUCAGGGAAAAUGCUAAGCUACAACAGAAAAAGGGAGGAUUAUAAAAACAAGAGAGGUUAUCUAAACAUUCAGUAAACAUAAAAUCAGUACACAGAGGACAAAAAUUAAUCUAGAUGACAAAGUUUGUGAAGAUAAAAGAAAAAAAAAACAAACUUCAUUUCCACAUAUGACAACUAUAGAAUUUCAAUAUUAAACGAGAAAUUUGCAAUUAUUUACAUGGAUAAAUUAAUUACUGAAACUUGGCAAGAUUUGCAUGAUUGGAAUGUUAAAAUAUAUAACCAUAACCUGUCUAGUGAGAACUGUGCUUUGGAACUGAGAUGUGAACUAUUCACUUUACAUUCAAUAAACAUUCUAAAGGA